UACUUGAGCCUUAGACUUGAGCACAUUUUUUAGAAAAUUUUAAACCGUUCGUUCAUAAAGCACUGACCACGUAAAUCGGACCGCGUUACCGACCUGUCACUUGUCAGUUUGAACUUCGCGCGCUUUAUUGACAUUUACUUACGUCGUACUUGAAGGAAGUGAACUUUGCGGCUAGAAUGAAUCCGUAAAAUUGUAUAGAAUUUCUCACACACCGCAUGGUUGUUACUGGUUCUUAACCACGUGUGCACACCUACACACAUUUAAAUAUUUACAAUCAUAAAAUUCUAUAAAUAACCCAGAUGAAUGUUUGCAAAGGACGCAUUCACUAAAAUACUCAAGUAUUGCAACAGUGCUGUUAUUGUCAGAAGUGUUCGUCUAAUAAGUGCAAAUAUUGGAAACAUGUCCCUGGAACAAGCUAAGCAAGUUGCGGCUUAUCGAGCCGUAGACGAGUUUGUUACAAAUAAUUGUGUUUUCGGUGUCGGCAGCGGUUCUACUGUGGUUUAUGCCGUUCAGCGUCUCGCCGAACGAGUGGAGACGGAAAAUUUGAAGGUGACCUGCGUACCAACAUCUUUUCAAGCAAAACAGCUUAUUCUGAAACACAAUUUAACACUUGGAGAACUUGAAACCAAUCCUGUAAUAGAUGUCACUGUUGAUGGUGCAGAUGAAGUGGACUCUAAAAUGACUUUGAUUAAAGGAGGUGGUGGCUGCCUUCUUCAAGAGAAAAUUGUUGCAUCCUGCUCAAAGAAAUUAAUUGUCAUAGCUGAUUACACUAAGGAUUCUGCAAAGUUAGGAGACAGAUACAAAAAAGGAAUCCCAAUCGAAGUUGUGCCAAUGGCUUACGUUCCAAUAAGAAAUAAAGUAAUUGCUUUAUAUGGUGGAGAAAUCAAACUCCGAAGUGCUAUUGCCAAGGCUGGCCCAGUUGUUACUGAUAAUGGAAACUUUAUUCUUGAUUGGUUAUUCACAAAUCAAGAUUUGGACUGGAAGAAAGUGGACUCCACUAUUAAGAUGAUCCCUGGUGUGGUAGAAAUAGGCUUAUUUGUAGAUAUGUGCCAAAAAGCCUAUUUUGGUCAGCCAGAAGGAAAUGUGGUGGAAAGAUCACGUCCAUUAUAAUAAGUACUGCUUCAUUUAAAAAUUAGGUACCUAUUUCUCAUUUUCUUUACUUUGAAAUCUGAUCAAUUUCAAUAGGAAUCUCUUGGAUAACAUGCAUCGUGAGCAAUCUCAUUAUUGAAGUAUAAUGAAUUUAUCAGGUGCUUAUUUCAUAUCACUGUUCAAAAAAUUUAAGUACUUAUAGAUUUUUUAAUUAUUAUUCUUGUUAUAAUCUUGCAACCUCAUGACAAAUAAUACAUUUUCCAGAAUAAAUAAUGUUGCUUCCUUCCUAUUGUUAGUUAUUGGUGGAAGUUGCCUUUGUACUACUAUAAUACAUUGUCUCCAUGUGUAUGUGAAAUAAAAGUAUGUUCAUUUAUUUUUAUACCACUUAAGCAGAAAUAAAAAUGUUAAGAUUCCCUACA